AUGCAGUUUCCUAAAUCUGCUUCUUGGGCAGCUAUAAGUAUAUUCAAAUGCAGAGAUGUCCUUAGAAAUGGGCUUUGCCAUAAGAUUGGGAAUGAAUGGGGUACGUGUAUGUGGGAAGACCCAUGGUUUCCUAAAAUCCCAAGAUUUAUUCCCACCAGCUCCAAUGACACAAGUAGCAGUGAUGUUUAUGUGGCUUGUCUCGUUGACCAUGACUCAAGACAAUGGGAUCAUGUCAAGUCAGCUUAUAUGUCAAUCAUCCAACCCCAGUUAACUGGCCCAAAUCCUCUUAGUAUCAAAGAAAUGAGAGGUUUAUGGAAUCUUAAGGUCCAUGCCAGAUUCAAGAAUCUCCUGUGGAAGAUGGUUUGGAGGACGCUUCAUGUAUGGCUUAUGGCUCCAUGGCCUUUAAAUAUGUCUAAUUUAUCUCAUAUUGAUAUUAUAGAAUGGGUAAAAUGUAUCAUUGAUCCCAAAAUGAAAUUGGGAAUAAGGGAUGAGGAAUCCCUUCAUUUCCAAUUAUAUGCCUCAAUUGUGUGUGACAGGAUUUGGAUGCAGAGGAAUAAGGCUAGAUUUGGUGAAGAUAUUGGUUCAGUGGUAGAUUUUGCUAGGAAAAUUCAGAACUCUUUUAAUGAACAAAAAGCCGCUUGGGAAGAAGUUUGUGGGGAAAAACUAGAAUUGAUUGAGUCUAGUUGGAUCCCUCCUCCUACUGGUUGGGUGAAAUUAAAUUUUGAUGCUGCCAUAAGAGAGAAUAAAACUUCAGUUGCAAUGGUGGGCAGAGACAAUCGUGGCAGAGUUGUUUUGGAUUGGAUUGACAUUUUGGACACAGGAAGCCCCCUGUGGAGUGAAGCUAAAGCGGUCUAUGCAGCGGUUAAUAAAGUAGUUGAAGUUGGGCUCAAAAAAGUUAUAAUAGAAGGUGAUGCUUGGAAUGUUAUUGAACCUCUUAAAGACAAAAAGUCAUCAUCUGAUUGGACUAUUGAUAGAGGGUAA